CUGUGCACGCUGAGCCAGAUCUGGGCAGUCUGGCGCAUACACACACAUUCAUCUGCUGUCAACAGAACAUACGAGCCCCGCGUUUCUUUGUCCGUGAUUAUAACGCGUUCAUCAUGACCCAGAGGUGAUCCUCGGUCCCGGUGCUGCUGGGAGUCCAGGUCUGUGUGGUGAGAGAGAACAAGAGAGAGGCCACUUUAAAGGCGAAAGGAUUGCCCAGGGCCACAGUGCCCAAGAUCUAAAGGAGAGCAGCAGUUAUUCAGCCAUCACUGAAGUUCAGGAUGGAGAAAGAAGACGUAAAGAUUGUCAACAAGGGUUUGGAGGAUGAGAUGGAGCUUCGUGGAUAUCGGCUGUGUCGAUGGAAGUUGGCGCUGGUCGGAUUUUGCGGUAUCUGCACGGGCGGUUUUCUUUUUCUGCUACUCUAUUGGAUGCCCGAAUGGUGUGUGAAGGCCACCUGCACACGGACCUCCGUCAGAGAAGCAGAUGUCGCCCUCUUACGAAGCACUGACGAGUUUAAACGCUGGUUCCGGGCGAAGGUUCGGAUAAUGAUGGCCCCUGGGAAGAACCCCUAUGACAGCCUGCCCUCUCAGACCCCCCAGGCUAAUGACCACGCCCACAACCAUUCUGACUCCGCCUCCCAGAAAAUCCCUAUUGCAGAGAAUCAGCAUGUGCAGAUGCGUUAUUUUACCCUCCACAGCACUAAAUACUUUUGGAAUGAUGGAAUACAGAACUUUGAAGUAUUGAAGGGUCUAGAAGAUCUGGCCAUGACCUGCUCCUCCGUUCAUUCAAAGCACAGUAAUGGGCUCAGCAAAGACCAGCAGGAGUACAGGAGAUUCUUUUUCGGACUGAAUGAAAUAGAUGUGAAAGUGCCUUCUCUUUUCAAGCUGCUAGUUAAAGAGGUCCUCAAUCCUUUCUACAUCUUUCAGCUCUUCAGUGUUAUCCUGUGGUGUACGGAUGAAUAUUAUUACUAUGCAAUGGCCAUAAUCCUCAUGUCCGUUAUAUCAAUAGCUACCUCUCUCUACACUAUUAAAAAGCAAUACGUAAUGCUACACGACAUGGUGGCGACACACAGUACUGUUCGAGUUACGAUCUACAGGGGCGACAACGAAACGGAGGAAGCACUGUCCACAGAUCUGGUUCCCGGUGAUGUCAUUGUAAUCCCCAGCAAUGGGAUCAUCAUGCCAUGUGAUGCUGUGCUCAUCUGUGGAACCUGCAUUGUUAAUGAGAGCAUGCUCACAGGUGAGAGUGUUCCGGUCACAAAGACGGACAUUCCGAACCCUCAGCUGGACAAGAGGGGUGGGGAGGAUGAUGCCAUCUAUAGCACGGAGGAACACAAGAGGCACACGCUCUUCUGCGGCACAAAUGUCAUUCAGACCCGCUAUUACACAGGAGAAAUGGUCAAAGCCGUGGUGGUGAGAACCGGCUUCAGCACUGCUAAAGGCCAGCUCAUCCGCUCGAUCCUGUACCCUAAACCCACAGACUUCAAGCUGUACAGAGAUGCCUACCUGUUCUUGCUGUGUCUCGUGGGUGUGGCCAGCUUGGUCUUUAUCUAUUCGUUGAUCAUGAAAAUCAUCAACCAGGAAUCAGUAAAGGAAAUCAUUGUCAAGUCUCUUGACAUCAUAACCAUCACAGUGCCUCCUGCCCUACCGGCAGCCAUGACGGCCGGCAUUGUCUACGCUCAACGGCGCCUCAAGAAAGUGGGAAUUUUCUCAAUCAGUCCACAGAGAAUUAACGUCUGUGGCCAGCUGAACCUGGUGUGCUUCGACAAGACAGGAACCCUCACAGAAGACGGUCUGGACAUGUGGGGCAUUCAGCGGUCAGAAGAUGGCAGAUUCCACCAUUCAGAAGAAAAAGCUGAUGAAAAAAGCUUGGUGAAGACAAAGUUUGUAUCCUGCAUGGCCACCUGUCACUCCCUCACAAAGAUCGAGGGUCAGCUCUCCGGAGAUCCCCUGGACCUCAAGAUGUUUGAGGCUACAGGCUGGAUUCUCGUUGAAGCCACAGAAGAGGAGACGGCUCAACACGAUCGUAUUGAGCUCACUUAUGUAAAACCACCCAGUCAGCUUCUUCCACCACCAGUCAUAUCACCUGAGCAGGACAUGGAGCUGUCUGACCUCUAUGAGCUCUCUGCGUCAUACAUGAUUGGUAUUGUACGGCAGUUCUCCUUUUCCUCCGCCCUGCAGAGAAUGAGCGUGGUAGUCCGACAGAUCGGAGAACGCCGAAUGGAUGCUUAUCUGAAAGGAGCACCGGAGGUCGUGGCCAGCCUGUGCAAGAAAGAGACGGUACCAGAGGACUUUGCAGAGGUUCUGGAGGACUACACCAAACAGGGCUUUAGAGUUAUCGCCCUGGCACACAGACGGCUGGAGUCCAAACUCACAUUUCACAAAGUGCAGAAUAUCAACAGGGAUCAAAUAGAGAAAAAUAUGGAUUUUCUGGGCUUGAUUAUCAUGCAAAACAAGCUGAAAACAGAGACUCCCGGGGUGCUGGAGGACCUGCGUCACGCCAACAUACGCACGGUUAUGGUCACAGGUGACAACAUGCUGACAGCCAUCUCCGUAGCACGAGACUGCGGCAUGAUUCAGCCUCAAGACUUAGUCAUUAUCGCCGACGCUCUGCCUCCAAAAGACGGACAUGCUGCCAAGAUCACCUGGCACUAUGCCGACAAACCAAGCAAACACAAUAAUAAGCCUACAAAGCUAGAGGAGAUGGAGAUCAUAAUGGAAGAUGGAAAUUGUGUGGAUGAGCCGAGACCUCAGGAAUAUUAUCAUUUUGCUAUGAGUGGAAAAUCUUUCGCCGUUAUAACCGAGCAUUUCCAAGACCUGAUGCAGAAGCUGGUUCUUCAUGGUACAGUGUUCGCGAGGAUGGCACCAGACCAGAAGACUCAACUUGUUGAGACAUUAGAAAGUGUAGACUAUUUCGUAGGAAUGUGUGGUGAUGGAGCAAAUGAUUGUGGGGCACUGAAGAGGGCUCACGCCGGGAUUUCCCUGUCUGAAUUGGAGGCAUCUGUGGCGUCUCCAUUCACCUCCACAACUCCCAGCAUCUCAUGUGUCCCUAAUUUGAUCAGGGAGGGUCGAGCUGCUCUCGUCACUUCAUUUUGUGUGUUUAAGUUCAUGGCCCUGUACAGUAUUAUUCAAUGCCUCAGUGUUGCCCUGCUAUACUCUAUUCGCAGUAACUUGGGAGAUUUCCAGUUCCUAUUUAUUGACAUUGCCAUCAUUCUUCUUAUAGUCUUUACCAUGAGUCUAAACUCUGCCUGGAAGGAGCUUGUUGCCCGUCGGCCGCCCUCCGGUCUCGUCUCAGGUCCUCUUCUCUGCUCAGUUAUGACCCAGAUUAUCAUUUGCCUGGGUUUUCAGGUUGUGGCCUUCAACUUGGUCAAAAAUUUGAACUGGUACUUGAAGUCAGAUAUCUACAACUGUACAGCACCCAGUGAGACAGGGAUCAUCACUAACUCAACAGUGCGUGAAAAAAUUAUCAAGAGCGAUGUCAACACCACGCUGUUCUUCGUCUCGUCUUUUCAGUACCUCAUAGUUGCCAUGGUUUUCUCAAAAGGAAAACCUUUCCGUGAGCCCAGCUAUAAGAACUGGCCGUUCGUCCUCUCGUGUAUAAUUCUCAUCAUUUUCUUAUUUUUCAUUAUGUUCUUUCCUGUUUCUGGGAUUUAUACAUUUUUGGAGCUCGUGUGCAUUCCUUUGAGCUGGCGUGUGGCUAUGCUACUUAUUAUACUGAGUAACGCUGCAGUGUCUUUCUUUAUCGAGACCGUCGUGCUUGACGUCAUCUUAUGGAAGCAUGUGUUCAGCAGAGACAAGCAGGGAAGUUAUGACGUCUCCCCUGCAGCCCCGACGCCACAGGAAGGGAUAGACGUCUACGGACGGUCGUGUUUCUCCUUGCUGUGUUGUCGUCGGAAGAAGCUCCCCAAGGCUCGGUACAUGCACCUGGCCCAGGAGCUGAGCGUGGACCCCGACUGGCCACCCAAACCCAAGAGCACUACAGAAGCGAAAGCCGCUGCCCAUUCGGACAACUGCUCUUAUCAUAUCGAGGCCGUUUCCUAGCAUUUACCCGUGCGCACUCCAUCCUGCACGUCUGAACCACCAGGGAUUUCUUAAAGAAAAUGAAACUGCGGCGAUUUUGUUAUACAAGAGAUACAAAAAGGCACCAAAAAACAGAAACCUGCGAGGGAGAGAGUAAUGAUUUCUCAAUGGUUCUCUUCUUUAAUUUUUUUGUUUCUGCUGCUCAAUGAUUGUUAUUUUUUGGAAGAAAUGGGCGGGGUUCACAGGCUGGGAACUGUGGUUGCUCCGCCCCAUGUCGACACGCCACCAUUAUUACCUUUGGACACAAAGCAAACCGUGAUUAUUAUCAGACAUGGCUCUUUCCAUCAUCCUCUCCAACAGUAUACCGGAGCUUCUGUAUUGAACUUUAUGCAUUAUGAUGCUGUCAUCUCCACCAUCUCUACUGCAUGUUAAUGCCUUGAGGACCAUCGUAUAAGGCUGCAUGUGGAACAAAGCAACCCAUACCGUAAUGCUUCACAGAAUCCAAUCCAGUUUAAAUCAUUCAAUCUGGCCAUAGACAUUUCAACAUAGACGGAAACUUAAACCUGAUUUUUACUUUACUUUCAUAUCUCUUCCCAUGGAAGAACCAAGUGGGGUUCAGUUGCAUAAAGCCAAACAUUUUGUUCGUUUGUUUUGUUCACAUCACUCGGCACAGUAUCUGGUGAUUUGGUCCACCCUGAAGCUUUAGUGUUUGUUUUGUUGACAGAAAAACUGUCACUGUAAAUCGUCCAUCAUCAUUAUCACAAUGGCACGUUACUGGGAAUUUUAUCGUAUUGGGAAUUUACAGGAAGAGAAAAGCGCCUCGGUUGUUGAAGAAAUUGAAGUCACACUUUACAUCAGUGCUCAUGUUGCAAUGUUUAUAAUGCGAUAUGAAUAUGAAUCAUCUGUGCUAAAUGUGUUAUUACUGGUACAGCUUGUGAUUAGGGUUAUUUAUAGUAAUAAUGUGGUCAUGUAAAGUGUAACUGAAAUUUACACUCAACACAGCAACACAGUUGUCGUACAGAUGCAUGUUUUUUCACACAUUAUCGGUUCAAACCUUACAGUACAUGAUCAUACAGCAGACAUUUUGAGCCCUUGUGUGAGGGCUGAUGAGAUCUUUACCUUCAAAUGUUGCAAUUAGCACAAUGGCAGGUCACAUGAAAUCGAGUUUUGGCUAGAAGGGAUACAGCAAUCUCGCAAGAUGGCUUUCGGGUUCGGUUAAAGGAAUAUUCCAUUUUCUUAAAAGAAAAAUCCAGAUAAUUUACUCCCCA